CAAAGUAGAAGAUAAACCCACUCCCCAGCUACUUCUUCAACAACGCUAUAGUAAAACCCUAAUCUUCUUUCAAGAUGGCAUCUACUUUUGCUGGUAUGUCCUCAGCAGGUCCCUUGGCUGCUCCCAGCACUUCCUCAAACAAGCUUUCCUCUGUUGCUAAUAUAUCUUCCACCUCUUUCGGGAGCAAAAGAAAUGUUGCACUAAGAAAGUCACGCAGGCAGACAAUUUUGGCUGCAGCUAAAGAGUUGCACUUCAACAAGGAUGGGUCAGCUAUCAAGAAGCUACAGAAUGGUGUGAACAAACUUGCUGAUCUAGUUGGAGUUACUCUUGGCCCAAAAGGCAGGAAUGUUGUCCUUGAGAGCAAGUAUGGUGCUCCAAAAAUUGUUAAUGAUGGAGUUACUGUGGCCAGAGAGGUUGAAUUAGAGGAUCCAGUAGAAAACAUUGGUGCGAAACUAGUGAGACAAGCUGCUGCCAAAACCAAUGACCUGGCUGGGGAUGGGACUACAACAUCUGUCGUGCUAGCUCAGGGCCUAAUUGCUGAAGGUGUUAAGGUGGUUGCAGCUGGUGCAAACCCUGUCCUAAUCACCAGAGGAAUUGAGAAGACAGCAAAAGCAUUAGUAGCUGAGUUGAAGAAUAUGUCAAAAGAGGUGGAAGACAGUGAACUAGCAGAUGUGGCUGCAGUAAGUGCUGGGAACAAUUUGGAAGUAGGGAGUAUGAUUGCUGAAGCCAUGAGCAAGGUUGGAAGGAAAGGUGUUGUGACACUAGAGGAGGGUAAAAGUGCUGAAAACAGUCUGCGUGUGGUUGAAGGAAUGCAAUUUGACCGUGGUUACGUCUCUCCUUACUUUGUUACCGACAGUGAGAAAAUGUCAGUUGAAUAUGAGAACUGUAAGUUGCUACUGGUUGAUAAAAAGAUAACAAAUGCAAGAGAUCUUGUUAAUGUCCUGGAAGAUGCUAUCAGAAAUGGUUACCCAAUUUUAAUUAUUGCCGAAGAUAUUGAGCAAGAAGCUUUGGCGACUCUUGUUGUCAAUAAGCUUAGAGGUGCCUUAAAGGUUGCUGCACUUAAAGCUCCUGGUUUUGGUGAGCGAAAAAGCCAGUAUCUUGAUGACAUAGCAACCCUUACUGGAGGCACUGUUAUUAGGGAGGAACUUGGCCUUACCUUGGACAAGGCUGACAAGGAAGUUCUAGGCCAUGCUGCUAAAGUAGUGCUGACUAAGGAUGCCACUACAAUUGUUGGUGAUGGUAGCACUCAGGAAGCAGUCAACAAACGUGUUGCUCAGAUUAAAAACCUGAUAGAGGCUGCAGAUCAAGAUUAUGAAAAGGAAAAGCUAAAUGAAAGAAUUGCUAAGUUAUCAGGAGGUGUGGCUGUCAUACAGGUUGGAGCUCAAACUGAAACUGAAUUGAAGGAGAAGAAACUUAGAGUGGAAGAUGCUCUCAAUGCAACAAAGGCGGCUGUUGAGGAAGGUAUUGUUGUUGGAGGAGGGUGCACGCUCCUCAGACUUGCUGCAAAAGUUGAUGCAAUAAAGGGAACCCUUGCAAAUGAUGAGGAGAAGGUUGGAGCUGAUAUUGUCAAAAGAGCAUUGAGCUACCCUUUGAAAUUAAUUGCUAAAAAUGCUGGCGUUAAUGGAAGUGUUGUCAGUGAGAAGGUGCUGUCAAGUGAUGAUCCCAAAUUUGGAUAUAAUGCUGCAACUGGCAACUAUGAAGACUUAAUGGCUGCUGGCAUCAUUGAUCCAACCAAGGUGGUGAGGUGUUGUCUAGAACACGCUGCAUCUGUGGCUAAGACAUUCUUGAUGUCAGAUUGCGUGGUGGUUGAGAUCAAGGAGCCCGAAGCAGCAGUUGCUGGCAACCCAAUGGACAACUCAGGAUACGGUUACUAGGUGAUUGAAUGAAGGCUACUGAUACCAGAUAGAUGAAGUUGAAAGCCUUUAAUUUUUUGUAAAAGUUUAGGUAUUGUUUGUUGAAAGGAAUAUAUAAGAUCCUGGUGGGAGUAGCAGCCUUCAGGGUUCGGCACUGUUAAUGAACAUGCAAUCCAAUGUGUAAUUGCAGCUUCAGUGGAUGUUGAGUCACGGGACAUUAAUAAAUCUUCUAUGUAAUUUCUCA